GGUAUAGAAUAAGUAUGAAAUGUCUGUUCUUCUCACAACAAGCAGUUCGCAGCUGGUUCUUAGUAUUCGUUAGUUGAUUUUUAGAUAACUAACACGUGUUCCAAACUAUUUCGAAAAUUUCGUUCCAAUUUUUAAGCUUUAGCCUGGUUUAAGAUGUCUGUGUCCGAUACUGAAGUUGAACUUGGGUUAUUGAAGAGUGAAGUUUUGGAACCGAGCAUUGAAAAGGACGAAAAUGAGGAAGACGAAUUGAAAAGACUGUCACGUAAAAGAAAGAGCAAGAUUGCUCUUCAAGCUUCAGCAGAGAAAAUCCCACGUCAGUUUCCAGUAUUAACUACCGUCACGAGAGCUUACAGCGAAAAUAUCGUAGUACCUCCGGUACAAAAACCAGCACCGGAAUUCGCCGGAACAGCUGUAGUGAAUAAAGAAUUCCAAACUAUCAAGUUAUCCGACUUCGCUGGCAAAUACUUGGUGCUGUUUUUCUAUCCGUUGGACUUUACAUUCGUAUGCCCCACCGAAAUAGUAGCUUUUAGUGACAGAAUAGAUGAAUUCAAAGCUAUCGAUACUCAUGUCGUAGGAUGUUCUUGCGAUUCGCAUUUCACCCAUUUGGCUUGGAUUAAUACACCGAGAAACCAAGGAGGUUUGGGAGAUAUCAACUAUCCAUUGUUGGCCGAUUUCAAUAAGCAGACAGCUAAAUCUUACGGAGUAUUAUUGGAAAAAGAAGGAAUUCCAUUACGUGGAAUGUUCAUCAUAGAUCCCAAAAGUAAUCUACGACAAGUGACCAUUAACGAUUUACCGGUGGGAAGAAGUGUCGAUGAAGCUUUACGUUUAGUCAAAGCAUUCCAGUUUGUGGAAAAGCACGGAGAAGUUUGUCCGGCUAAUUGGCAACCGAAUUCGCCAACUAUCAAGCCAACCCCUACUGCGUCCAAAGAAUACUUUGGUAAAGUGAAUAAGUAAUAAGUAAUUUGUAAGGUUUUUGUCAGGGAUAUUGAAUGUAUUAUUAUUACCAAAUAAAUUUAAGUUUUUCGUACGCAUAA